CAUCUUCUGCUCGUAUCCUGAUAACAGAGCAAUCGUAAGAUACCUUCAGUCUCACACUGCCAAACGACUGCAGCCAUGAUUCAGUCCCGGACUCUCAGAGUAGGUUAUGAUAAGCCUACAAGCGUUGUAUGCGUGGUUGGCACGGAGCUGAAUGUGGACCUGAACAGGAGUGCACCUCCGAACUCCAAGUUCUUCUCUGUGAAGUGCACUUCUAAUGUUCAUUACAUCAUCAUGCCCUGGCGCCAAAGGACAUCCAACCCCUGUCCCCACCUUCUCAUUGAGGGUUUAAUACUAGUCAUCAGCAUGAGCUCUGCCAGUGAGGAGGGAAAACCGCUUUCUCUGGAUGUGGUGCUGCAGAGCGGUGUUGUUGUGACGAAGACAACCCUAAUAAGAGUGGGUGCCACCUUCGCAUUUGCAGUAACUAGUGAGCAGAGGGAUCGCUGGAUUCAGGAUGAGAUGGAGUUUGGCUACAUUGACUCACCUCAUCAACAGUUUCCUGUUGUUCUGGAUUCCCCUCGAAAUAGAGGACUUGUGGACUUUCCAUUACAUGAACUACUGGGCCCUGACUUUGGCUAUGUGACGAGGGUGCCUGGGAGAAAAGAUGUGAGCAGUCUGGACUCAUUCGGUAAUCUGGAUGUUAGUCCUCCUGUCACUGUGAACGGAAAAAACUACCCACUGGGCAGAAUCGUCCUUGGUGUGGCCUUUCCUACGGCAACUGGAGGACGGAGCAUGACCAAAGUAGUUCAGGACUUCUUGAGGGCUCAGAAAGUUCAGGAGCCCAUUGCCUUAUUUACUGACUGGCUCCUUGUCGGCCACGUAGAUGAAUUCAUGACUUUUGUUCCUGCACCUGGCAGAAAGGGCUUCCGGCUGCUGCUGGCCAGCCCAGAUGCAGCUUACAAACUAUUCAAAGGCUUACAGAAAGAUGGACAUGGACAAGCCAAACUGUUUGAAGGUGUGGAAGGUCAAGAACCAGUAACAGUGGAUGAGGUACUCAGUAAUGACAGUCUCCUCACCCAAAAUAAAUACGCGCAGAGCUGCAUCGACUGGAACAGGGAUGUGCUGAAGAGAGAGCUGGGUCUGGUUGAUUGGGACAUCAUCGACGUGCCAAUCCUUUUCAGGCCAUGGGAGAAAGCUGGCCAACAACCCAGAGCAGUGGCUUAUUAUCCUGACAUGGUGAACAUGAUCGUCUUGGGGAAAAACCUCGGCAUUCCGAAGCCCUUUGGCCCCAAGGUGAAUGGACGCUGUGCCCUGGAGGCUGAGAUGUGCUCGCUGUUGGAGGGCCUGGGCCUCAGCUGCACGUUCAUCGAUGACUUCACGUCUUACCACCAAGGGCAGGGAGAGGUGCACUGUGGCUCCAACGUCCGCAGGCAAUGGUUUGCCUUCAAAUGGUGGAACCUGGAGAUGUGAAUGAAAAUUCAACAGUAGAUGGAGAUGGCAUAGAGAGGAAGGAAGACAACUUGAUCUUUAAACAAAACAACAGCAGCUUCAGUCAGCUUCAAGUUGGAAGAGAUAUUUUUCUUGCCAAAGCCUUACAUUAUCUCCAUGUCUUAAAAUCAUAAAACAAAAAAAAUUGUCAGUAAUUGUUUUGGAAUACAUGCCACUUUCUUUCUUAGUAACGCAUUUCUUAUUUGCAGUAAUCACCAACAUUUUGCUGAAAGAAUUACCCUGAUGGUUUGAUCUAUUGUAUGCAUCUUCAUUUUUGUUGGCUUUAUUUACAAAAAGGAUGAAAAGCAAAUAUUUACAAACAAGUCUUUUGAACAAGGACUUAAGCAGACUGUCGACAAGAACAGAAAUACAAUCAUUGGAAUCAAGCACAUAGAAGAUUAACUCCCAAUUUUAUGAAUUGGACCGGCUGUUUGGCAUACAGUGCAAGCACGGUUAGAUGAAUAGUGAUGUGCUAUAAUAAUACAAGCCACAAGAGGGCAUAGUUCAUCUACUCAAGCAUUUCCAAACUCGAGAGGAAAAUGAUUUAAAACCAUAUUUCUAUCAAAUCUAUUUCAUUUACACAAAUGUGUAAAAUGUCUCUCUCUUUAUAUAUUCUGUGCCAAAGUCAAAUGCAAAAUGUUAUUUUCACAAGUUCUAAGCAAGAUGAUGCUGUCAUUAAUUCACUAUAGACAAUAAAUCUCCAAUCCUCUUCAGUCUGAUCACAUUUCACUGAUUGUACCUUCAUCAUUAUAUAUAAGAAAUAAAUUGAAUUGAAUUAAAAUUGCAAUCAAACAAC